GAAAAGUCGUCUAAACCGUGGCAUGACAGAUAGGACUACCUAUGCUGUAGCUGCUGUUGUCGCACACAGGGUGGUCUGAAACAAAUCGUAACUCGUUCAUUCAGACGUCAUGUCUGUGAGCAGAUCUGACAGUUCGUUGGAGCUGGAGCUCAGUUGCCCAGUCUGCUUCCAUCUCUUCUCUGAACCAGUCACACUCCCCUGUGGGCAUACCUACUGCCUUAACUGUCUGGAGAAAACCAAGACGUCUGCAGCGCCUGGAUGUAAAGGCCAGUACUGCUGUCCAGAGUGCCGAGAGAUGUACCAGGGGUCAGAGGCCUUACAGAAGAACUUCAAACUGAGGAAUGUUGUGGAGAGCUACAGGGCCUCAGUCAGGCAGACCGACUGUGGUGUGAUUGAGAAAGAAUGUUUGGAGACAUUUAGUCAGACUGGGGAGUGUUGUGCAAGCUCUUUGAAUAAAAGGUCAGACCACAGAGAAGAGGUAGAAGCAGAGAGAAAGAAUGGGCAAGAUACAGAUGAGCAGAGAUCCAAGCUUGCUAACAUGAUAAAAGAUCUGAAAACAAAGAUCGCUUUUGUGGAGGAUGUGCUGUCUAAAGAGGUGGAAAGACAGACUGCAGUUAAGACAGUGAACUCUGCACUCAGGGCAGAUGUUGCAAGGGUAAUUGAAGAGAUGAUGGAGCUGAUGAGGAGUUAUAGCAUAGCUGGGAUGGAGCUGAUAGAAGGGGAGCUGAGACCCAAGGAGGAGGCUUUGGGGAGGAGGGUCAAAUACGUCUCUGAUCUCCACAAACGACUAAAGGAGAUGGAGAUCCAGGCCGGCACUCUGUUGCUGGAGUGGGACAAAACCACAUUCUGUGAGGGUCUCCUGGAGACCGAAGCUCAGGUGACCACCCUGAUGGUGGAGGAGCCUCCGGUGGAGAUGCCUGAAGACACAGGUGAGAUGCACACCAUCAUGACACGCGUGUGCGCUGAGUUCGAGCAGAGAAAUGCCCAGCUCCGGGUCGACCUUGGUGCAUCUCAGCGAGCUUUACGAGCGGUCCUGAACCCCUCCGAGGUCACUUUUGACCCUGAUACAGUCCAUUCCAGCCUGCUCCUGUCAGAGGACCUCAAAACGGCAUCCUUCAGUGUCACCAAGCAACCGUAUCCGGCUAGAGCAGAACGCUUUACCAGUUUCCUGCAGGUCUUCAGCUCUCAGAGCUUCUCCAGCGGAGAGCACCGCUGGGGGGUGAAAGUGGAGGGUUGCCCCUGGGUCGUGGGGGUGUGUUAUAGGGGUCUACCCCGCUCUGGCAUGGGCAGCGGACUGGAGAGCAGUGGUCAUGCUUGGUGUCUCAUGUGGUGUGAUAACCUACUGCGGGCGUAUGAGCAAGGACAGGAGACACCCCUGAAACGGACUCCAGCGCUGAACAGAAUGGAGAUCCUCCUGAGCUUCAGCCAGUGCACUCUGGCCUUUUACAGCAUCAGCAAUGUCAGCGGAGCUAAGACACACCUACACACUUUUAAGACUGGCUUCACUGAGCCUGUUUACUUAGCUGUCAGAAUGAUGUCUGGUCAGCCAAAGGCACACAUUACACUCUGCCAGUGAUACUAACAGGAACACUGAGCUUCAUCAGUGAUG